CGAGGGGCAAAAGAUAGAGUGUAACUUUUCCAAGAAAACACUGCUACUAAACUCUUAAUAAGCUGUAUUUCAGGAAGAAACCGGGAAAAAGAAACGAACCCAGAAAUCCAAAUUAUUUUCCACAAUGCGGUUCUUGAAAGGAAGAAGAUGGGUUCUUGGAUCAAUUUUGUAUGUGGGUUUGGUUGUAAUGAUGGAUUUGUGCAUGGGAAAUGAGGAAAUGAUGUUAUCAAAUAAUAGUUCGUGGUGGCCAACAGUGACGGGUAUGUACAUAAUGGGGGAUUCUUCAGUCGAUUGUGGAGAUAACACUCCUUUCUACCCAAUUCUUCACCAAAAUCUCUCUUUACACCCCUGUAAUGGCUCUGAUCAAACUCUCCUUCCUCAGCUUCUUGCUAAGAAGAUGGGGUUGCAGUAUGUUAAACCAUUCUACAGCCAGAAUGGAUCGAUUGAGGAACUCCUAAAUGGAGUGAAUUUUGGUGCUGCACAAGCUACAAUCAUGUACCCUAGAAGUCGAAGCUAUCAGUCGCUCAACCAGCAACUACGCCAAACAUUUGAGACCAUCCAGUUACUGCAGCUUCAGCUUGGCCAAGAAACUGCCAAAACUCUAAUUCAAUCCUCCCUUUUCUACCUGUCCUUUGGAAAAGAUGAUCUGAUCAACUACUUAGUUGAUGAUGAAUCUGCUACAAGUCCUGGAUACGAUGGCCUAAAUUUCACCCGUAUUUUGGUUGACCAGAUGAUAAAUGUCAUUGAGAAUCUAUAUGAUGCAAAUGCGAGGAAGAUUGUUUGCAUGGGCAUACUGCCUUUGGGAUGCUCACCGAGCGUAAUGAGCAUAAGGCACAAUUCAACCAUUGGCGAUAAGCUGGGCUGUGAGAACGAUGUCAACUUGCUAGUUUUGGAAUUCAAUACAAGGCUAGAGCAGAAGAUUCUUGACCUUAACCUCAAAAUGCGAGGUGCCCAAGUCAUAUUCUGUGAUAUCUAUCGAGCAAUGAUGGAAUUCAUUUUUCAUCCUCAAGCCUUUGGAUUUGAGGAUGCAAAGAAUGCUUGUUGUGGACUAGGCAAAUAUGGUGGGAUGAAAGGCUGCCUGUCACCAGAUAUGGCGUGCCACCAAGCUUCAAAUCAUGUAUGGUGGGAUUUAUAUAACCCUACUGAAGCUGUGAAUAUCUUGCUAGCUAACUCAGCAUGGUCCGGCGAUCCAUUAUCUUCCAUCUGUCGUCCAAUCACUCUUAAGGCAUUAGGAUCCUCUUCAUACUAGAAAAUCAUAAGUCAAUGCCUAGUUAGCUCUUCUUGCUUGCUAAAUUUCUAUGUUUCUCUUUCUUGAGAGUUUCUGUGUGUAUUGUGUAUUACUUGUACUUAGAAAUAUCUUUGUUCAAGACUUUGAGAGAGGAUGGAGUUAGGAGAACCACACUUUUGUUUAGGUUUACAGUAGAUGACAUGAGUUGUGCAUUACUAUGUACUCAGCAAAAUGUUGGAUGAUGAGAAGCAAACUGGAUUGGAAGAAUGUACAUAAUAAAAUGUUCAGUUUGAUCUA